CUGGACGCCGUUUCGUCACUUCCUGUUUGGGUGGCAGUGUGUUUCCGGGGUGAGGUGUCCGCUCCCUGGAAACGGCUGCGCCCGGCGUUUCGACAUCCUGCUAACUAAUGUCAGGGGACAGUGAUUGUACCAAAACAAGCCCAUCUGUGGGGUCUCCAUCAGAUAAUGAGUUUCUACCAGAUCGGCCUCGGUAUGUGUGCAUGCUGUCUCCUGACCUUGUUGCCAAGGCUCGGGAAGAGCUCCAAGAGAAACCUGAAUGGAGGCUCCGUGAUGUACAAGCCCUUCGAGACAUGGUGUGUAAGGACUAUCCAACACUGGGCACCUGUCUGGACGAUGCUUUCUUGCUAAGGUUCCUUAGAGCCAGGAAAUUUGAUUACGAUCGAGCUCUUCAGCUUCUGGUGAACUACCACACCUGCAGGAGGAGUUGGCCUGAGGUUUUCACUAACUUGAAGCCAUCUGCAAUAAAGGCUGUUCUAGAAUCUGGCUUUGUCACUGUACUGCCUCACUUAGAUCCUGAGGGACGCCAUAUUGUCUGCAUUCGUCCAGACAGAUGGAUACCCAGUCAUUAUCCGAUUACUGAGAACAUUCGUGCCAUAUACUUAACAUUAGAAAAACUCAUCCAGUCUGAAGAGACCCAAGUGAAUGGAAUUGUAAUCCUUGCAGACUACAAAGGAGUCAGCUUAUCUAAAGCAUCUCAUUUUGGUCCUUUUGUAGCCAAGAAAGUGAUUGGAAUUCUUCAGGAUGGUUUUCCAAUUAGAAUAAAAGCUGUCAAUAUCAUAAAUGAACCUCGCAUAUUCAAAGGCAUUUUUGCUAUCAUCAAGCCCUUUCUGAAGGAAAAGAUAGCAAACAGGGUAAGUUUUUUUCUUCAUGGCUCUGACUUGAACUCUUUACAUCAAAACAUUCCCCAAAUGAUCCUUCCUGAAGAGUAUGGCGGGACUUCAGGGAAAUUGGACAUUUCUGCCUGGAAUGAGUUGCUGCUGGCCUCAGAAGAGGAUUUGCUGCAUGACUUCUCUCAGCUGGUUCUCCCAGGUGACAGCUUACCCUGUGAGACAUUGGUGAGCGGGGAUGCUGGUGAGAAACAGUGUGAUGACUCUCUGCGAGGUAUGAAACCUCAGCUCUAUUACUGUUACUGACACAGCUGAAGGAAGCUUCCUAGAACUGUCAAAAGCUACAUACCCUCUCAUGUUCUGAGAAAAAAUAGUAGUUCUGAAUUCUGCCUGAUUCCUAAACCUGUAGUUCAUGAAUAAGCUGCAGAGGCACUUUACACUGGAACCAAAGCAAGCAGCCAUGGGUAAAUAGGGGCAAGGCAGACUUUACUGAGAAUCUAAGCAACAGGGCACAUCAUUCCCAAGCUACCUGAAGUGUUGUAGAUUUGUUAACCCCAGUGUGAGUGAUGCAAUCUGGUGCAUUCCUCCUAAUAACAAGACACAAAUAACUCAUGCUUCUGUGAACCUAAUAACCUCUCUCUCAUGGGGGUAAAAGGGCAGAAAAUAUUUGCUAGUUUGGCACCAAAAACUAUAGCUUUGCCUUUGCCCUCUGCAAAGUGUAGCUCUGUCAGUGGAGGUUGUCAGAAAUGUCAAAUGCUUGAUCCUGUCUGUGUGCUAGCACAUCAGGAUCAAGCAGAUGUAUCAGUGCUUCUUUUUGCAUGUUUGAAUAAAGUUCUUCUCUCAGAUCUGUGGACUCCACAGUGUUGGUGCUUCUCUUCAAUACUGCGUGUGCAGGUUUUCCUAGCUGUACCAAGUUCUGCCCAGUGGAUUUGAAAGGAGAAUUUUACUCUGACUUCAGAAAAAUGUGGUAACUUGUUCCAAAGUAAACUAUAGUCACACGCAAAUUCCACUUACAGAGAGCCAAGAGCCUUUCAGAUCUUAUAUCAAAUAGCAUUGUUUUCAAGAGGAUGCAACUUUGAAUACUGACAGCAAUAUAGGACCAAAUGAAAGGGACUGAGAUCACUCACUUGCGUUAAGCAUGUGUCACACAGUUGCUGUUUCCUUCAGCUAAUUGUGUUAAUCCCCUGCCUUACUUCUAAAAGGACAUCCAAAGUUGUUCUUCAGUAAAACCUGUGGGAAGAUUUUGUAGCAGUCAACAUUAAUGUAUAGAAGGCAAUAUUAAGAAUGAGAAAGCAAGGUGCUGCUUUAGAUAUGUUACUCUGGGUAGAAUUUUUAAAUCCAAAUCUUUGCAAACCAAAUGCAGACAGCGUAUCUUAAAAGCACAUUCUCAGCUUUAUUGUAAAGUAUGGUUUUGUUCUCUGUAUGGCUUUGUUUGUCCUGGUUUGAAUAAUUGCAUUGCCAUUUUGAUUUCAGCCCUAUUUCUUUUUGGCUAGCAGGUUCUUAUGAGAUCACUUUUGUGAUCCUUAACCAUAAGCUUUGUGGUCCUGUGCUUUAGAUUCUUACACUGAAGUUGGGCCUGUUGAAUGAGGUCAAGGUGUCCUGUCUGAGUAUGCUAUUCCUGACUCCUCUUGUUCCUUCUUUGUCAUUGUAUUGAAUUGUAAAUUAACUUGGAGCACAUUCUCUUUGCACAUGAUGUUGUGCGCAGUCAAAAUAGUGCACAAGUGAAACCUCACAGGAUAUGGAAAGCACACCCAGCCAUUUAAAGGGUAUUUCAGUGGACAAGAGCAUUGAUUGUAACUGAACACCUCAUUUUCAUUGCACUUUUUAAUGGCUGGAAUAUUUUGGUGGGAGGGAGUGGGAAGGAAGGGAGGGGGAUUUUACCUAGUGCCAAGGGUGAAAAAGGGAUUAGUUGUCUUGAUGUAAAUGUGAAGUAUGAGGUCUCAUAGUGUUGGGACGUCUUUUUCUCAGUGUGCCAAACUGUGCUUUUUUGAUUGUCUGUCUUUUUUUCCUAGGUUGCAGCACAACAUGGCUUUGUGUUGCCAGAAUGUUUUGGGGGAAGGAAUGGAUGAAGGGUGUCAUGGCACCCUGACCUGGCACAAGCAGAGUUUAUUAUAGAGCUGAAGGAAAUGCCAGCUCUCUUUCUAAAGCAAUAUGAGAUAGGAACUAGAUUUUGGAGGGAACAAAAUAGAAGGUGUUUUCCAGCUGGUAUCUUGCAGCUUCGGUGGGACCAUGAAUUUGGCAUCCUUCCACCUCAGCAGAAGCAUUACCAGGCUACCUCUAUCAUCAUGUGGAAGCCUGGGAGUUGUUGAGAACCUAUGGUGAAAGGAAUAAAGCUCUCCUUUCUUCCUUUCAUGUUUUAAGUAUGAGAUUUUUCUCCUCCCUUCCAUCACCGCCCAUACCUUUUCUUUGGGGAAAAUAUCAUGAAGCAGAUAAUCUUGUUAGAUGGGAAAAGUUUAUUCCUGUCAUCAGCCUUAAUCUUGCAAGCCUGCAACUCUUGAAAAACAGGCAGAAAUGCCAUGUGCGCUAGUAUCUGCCUCCAUUUCUGAGCAGCAUUUUCUUCUCAAAUCUGCAGUGUAGUAUUUGACUUCUGCAUUCUGCCCUACAUACAAGCUGCUUGGGCUUGUUGCAGAGGUUAGUGCAGCUCUCCAACUCGGGAAAAUAUCAAAAUGAAAUAUUGGUGCUUUAAAUCUUAGCUGUUAAACUGCCAGAAAACGGAAUGAGGAAUUUGCAUGAUUUGAGUGCCUUUCAUUUGCCUGAUCCACCACUCAAAAAAAAUUCCAGGGUGUACAGCAUUUGUCCUUGAAUUGGACAUGUGACAAGUUCUGUUCCUUGUUCAUGAUGUUAUUUUGACAGAUUUCCCUUUCUAGAGGAGGUCUUUAGCACCACUUAGGCCUCAGGCCAGUGAGGAAAGAAGCUCUGCAUGAGAAACUCGAAUCCUUUCUUAAAAACAGUGCGUUAGCUUGGUGAAAAGCCACCUGUAAGGAAACCAGGCAACCCAACCACCCAUGAGGAACCCAUGCUUAUGCCCUCUUUUUUCAUGCCUUGUAAAUGGUAACAAGACUGUAUUUUAGUUGUGGCUUCACCAAGCAGAGCUUUCCUGCUGGGAGAAAAAUAAAUGGGCUGUUUUGUUUUGGCUUUAUCCCUCUUAGUUAAAAUACUUGUGGUCACCUCACUUGCCUGUUUCCCAUCUAAGGAACUUUUGUUCCUAGAACUGGCUGCUUUGGACUGAUCUAGAGAGAUGCAGUGGAUAUAGGAAUUGGUUAUUCCCUAAAUAUAUCUUUUAAGAUUCAAAUUAUGGGUUUGCUAUCACUUCAGUAGAGCAUAAGCAGAUGAGACAUAAUACUUUCUUCAUUACCAUCAUCUCUCAUCUUUCCUAAUUCUCUCUCUGUGGUAGGUACUUUACCUGCUUUCCUAUAGAAAGUAUAUCUGCAAGAGUGUACAAAGCUGUAUGAGAUAGCCCUGAGACCUGUUUCUCAUGUAGGAAGCAAAAGAUUGAGCUAGCAGGCCAGUAGCCCUUUUGCCAGAGGUGAUGGUACCAAAAAGCAAAACAUUGGAUGUUAUUUGACAACAAAUCUGUACUUCAUCUCUCAUGUCUCCAUCUGUAAUGGAAAUAGGGAGCAAGAGUACUGAAGAAUCUCUUUUGCAGUAUUAAAAUUAAUCUCACAUUGUUUAAUUAGAACUUGAAUUCUGUGGGAGGCCAGUUGAUGAAAACCUUGCAUUACACAAGCAGUUUUAAUCCAGUUUGGGCAAAUAACUUGGAGAAAGGUGUUCAAACUACCGUGGGCAACCUUAACUAUCUCAUGUGGCAUUAAGACAAAGGUUAAUUGUAUACUGUAAAUAAAACUACUUGAAUUUAUAGUCUUGCAAAUGGGAGUUAUGAACCCUGAGGUCUUCAGGGAACGGCUGGGGGUAUGUGUCUUCUGUUAAAUUCUUUCAUCAGUUUCUUGGCAGAUUUGUCAUCUACAAGAUUGGUCAAGCUAAUAAUUAUUUUGCCUUUUGUUUGUAAGCAGGCCUAAAGGUGUUGGGCUAGGUGUACAUCUGUUAAUUGAAAAAAAAAGUUUAUUUUUAUAUUGCAUUUUAUAAAAUGGAGUGGUUAAAUGUGUAAUUUUAUUAUGCAUGGCUGGAUAUUAAAAAUUCUACUGUAACAACUUCUAGUUUGAUAUAUCUUGUGUGCAUUUGCCACACCCCUUUUCAGAUUAGUUUUAAUAAACAUCACAGACAUACUUCUUAA